AAAUAAAGACAAAGACAGAAAGAAAGACACGCAGCAGGAUUACAGCUCAGGUUUGUCCCUGAUGAGGACCCGUCAUUUUAUGUAAACACUGAGCUGGUGCAUCUUGUUACGCAUGCGCAGUGAGGGGGAGGUGGACAGGUGUGUGUACAGCGCAGGUAAACGCACUGAUAAUGCACCGGGAGACUCCGCGGUUAUUACUCUCACAAUGGCGGAGUUAAAGCGAGCUCACACCUGGGAGAUUUCCGACUCGGAGGCGGAGCAGGAGCCUGGAACUGCCGCGGAGCCGGACAGCGCGCACAGCCGCACACAGAGCGCCCAGAGCCGGCUAGAGCCUCCACCUGCCCCCGCUGUCCGGAGCCCCAGCCCCGGGGCAAGGAGGAGAGGAAACCGGGGGGAGGACAGAGAGGAGAGAGAGAGACAGAAGGAGGAGAGAGAGAGGGAGAGAGAGAGACAGAAGGAGGAGAGAGAGAGACAGAGAGAGAGACAGAAGGAGGAGAGAGAGAGACGGAAGGAGGAGAAGAGACAGGAGCAGAAGAGGAAGAAAGAGGCAGCUGAGAGAGUAAAAAGACUCAAACCUGAGGAGUAUUUAAAGACUGUUACUGUCAACAUCCACCCAGCGUUGCUGCAGGACUCUGGCUGUGACGUGUUGUUGAGCACGCUGGCUGGUUUGGAGUGGAGGAGCCGAAUAGAGGAGCACGACCUCACACACACCGUCAGCUGGAGCAGAACACUGCCUCGUACUGAGGAUGAAGACGGUAGCCUGGUUGAGGAAGAUCAGGUGCUGAUGGUGGUCACUCAGAUGGAGUUCAUGGACAUGAUAAUGUCCAUCAAACAGGCUCUGAUUGGUGGUUGUGAGGAGGCGAAUUCUCUGUUUCAGCCUCUCGGUGAGUAUCUGAACAGAAACACAGGGGCAGUCGUCUCACUGCUGGUGACCGGAGGACAGUACUGUCAACGCAGAGGCUCGUAUGAUGAUGACGAUGAUGAAGACGAGUUGUGUCCACGUUCUCAACUUGGGUUCCAGAACAUUGACAUAGAGCAGGUGCUGGUGUACCUGCAGCUGUACAAGAAUGUGACAGUUCACUUCCUGUUUGGCUGGCAGGAAGUCACAGAUCAUGUGUGUGCUGUUACCAAGGCCUUAUCUAAACGCCCCUUUCGAACACUGCAGGACGUUCCUGAUCUGGGUUUCUGUGUGGACGGCUUGUGGGCAGGGGGAGUGCGUGUUGAUCGUAGUGGGCGGGGCCUCGCUCAGGUGUGGACACGACAGAUACAGCAGCUCAACCGUGUCAGCGUCGCCAUGGCAACAGCUGUGACAAAUGCCUACCCCUCUCCUCAACUCCUUCUGCAGGCCUAUGAGAAAGCAGAAUCAGAAGAAGAGCAGCGUGGAUUAUUGGCCGAUCUCACUGUGAGAGGCGGGGCUAAAGAGAGGCGCAUCGGACCUGAACUGUCAAAUCGUGUGCACCGGCUUAUGACUUCCCAGAAUCCUGAGCUGGUGCUGGACUAGGGAAUUGUGGGAAAUGCAGCUGAAAGAAGAGCUGAUCAGAUUUAAUAUAUAAAUCAUGGACUUGUGGGGACAUGACACGCACACGGAUUACUGUGAAGUUUGAAUUUAUUUUGAUUAACAACUUAAAAAAAUUAAAUUUCACUUAAUGUUCGGUCAUGUA